AUGCCAGCACUGCGCAUUCACUGGUGGGAUGCGCCGGGGCGUGCCGGCGAGCCUACAAGGCUCGCACUCACCCUGAAGAGCGUACCUUUCGAAGAUGUGCGGUACAGCUUCGGCGACAAGGAGAGCAUAGAGGCUGUGCGAGCAAAAUCGCCGUUUCAGCAGUUUCCCAUCCUCGAAGUGGAUGGGGAGGUGGUGGUGCAGUCGAACACCAUCUUGAGAUACAUCGGUCGCCUCACCGGUUUGCUGCCGGAGUCCCCUCUGGCUCUUGCAAAGCUGGAGGCCAUCAUGGACUUCAUGGCCAUGGAUGUGGAGCCUUUGGCUUUGUGUAGCCAUCUCCAGGGCGAGGAAAAGACGGCCGCUCGGGUAGCCGCCGCCGCUGAAGGUAGUGCUUUUCGCAAGCGUCUCUCCCAGCUGGACGCUGCCAUCGCCCCGCUCGUCAGCCAGGAGCUCGACAUGGCACAGCUGAAGGUCUUUUGUGAGACCAGCGCCUUUAUCUCGGGAUUCUAUGACGGCUUCCCUGCAGAUGAGUCGCUCUUCGCGGGAUGCGACAACAUCAAGGCAUUGAGGAAGAAGAUCUCCAACAUUGAUGCGGUCAAGAGCUACUACGCAGGCAGAGACGGCUUCUACGCCGCCUUCGCCCCAUCAGGCUAA